GCAGGGUUGGAAAACUCUAGUUGGCUACAGUUUUGCAGCACUAAAUGCAACUGACGAAGUUUAUAUUAUUUGUUGCACAUUUGGAUCCUGCUGAAAAUAAUGCCAUGUCAUCCCCCCUCGGUAUUGAGGACGCGACGAUGGGUUCAUCCAUGCACGUGGAGCAGACCGUCUCCCCGGAGUGCACCUCCCAAGAGCUCUUUUUCUAUUGCGAAAGCUGCGGCAAGGUCUACGAGGACAGUGAGUCCUUCAAUAGGGAUCAUACUCAGCAGUCUAGUUGCUGUGGUGUCUUCAAAGAAGAGAUGCAGUUUAUAGAGGAAGCAACAGUGGAAGAUGGGGCCGAGGAAAUCUUGGAAGCCGAUGCGCCUCUUUGGGAAGUGGUAGAUACGCCUGCAACUAGCGCUAUGACGGAGCAGGACGAGACUGACCCCAGCCAAUCGGAGCGCUAUUUCUGCUACGACUGCCAUAGCAUUUUUGAAAACAGGACCAGUGCCGAGGACCAUGUCUGUCCGCGGGCCGAGCUGAGCACUACGUCAGGCCCACAGGUAAGUGCAGCCAGCGCCCCCAGUCCAGCCAUCCGCCGAAAGGUAUCCAGCACAAGUGCCAAAACAGGUACAACGGGAACUUCUUCCAUCAGCUGUGAUAUUUGCAACACUGUGUUUAGCUCGACAAAGUUUCUUAAAUUCCACAUGAGGAUCCACGAAAAACGCGGUUCUAAGAGUAUUCAAGAUGCUUUACCCGUAGGCGCCCACCAACAAUACAGCGAGCUGGAUCAGUUCUACUGCGAGAUUUGCAACAAGAGUUUCGAAGAGAACCUACUGGCAGUGCACAAGCAGAUGCACCAGAAGGCGGGCGAGGCAAUCAGUUGCAAUAUUUGUAACCGAAAGUUUGAUGAUUCAGUCACCUACCAAAUGCAUCUCAAGAUUCACGAGAAACCCCGAACCGUCGAUGCUGUGAAGAAACCCUCUCCAAGCUCUAAUGGCAGCGUGGAAAAGGAAAAGGGCUUUGCGUGCCAGUUCUGCGGAAGGGUGUUUGGCCGUCCAUAUGAGAAAGUCAAGCACGAACGGGUGCAUACUGGUGAGAAACCAUACUCCUGCGAGGUGUGUGGGAAAAAUUUCCGGGUGUCCUAUUCGCUAACUCUGCACCUGCGAACUCAUACGGAUAUUCGGCCAUAUGUGUGCACAAUUUGCAACAAACGGUUCAAGUCCCACCAAGUCUACUCACAUCACCUGAAAAUUCACAGUUCGGAGCGCGAAUUUUCCUGCGAAGUGUGCUCAAAGACCUUUCGUACCUCUGUUCAGCUCUACGCGCACAAAAACACCCAUACCAAGCCAUACCAAUGCGCUGUGUGCAACCGACCGUUUUCAUCGAUGUAUGCCGUCAAGUGCCACAUGCAAACUCACCACGCGGAGAAGGGAAACAAGUCUUCAGGAGCCAAGAGUUCGUCCACCUCCAAGUCCACGCCGGCAGGAAAGUUCUGGUGCAAGAUCUGCGGAGCUGAAUACGCUCGAGUCUUUGCCUUGCGCCUGCACAUGAAGUCGGCCCACGGUAUAACAGAGGAUGCAGAUCUGCCGCAGGAAGAAGUCCCAGCCACCGAUGCCCCUGGCAUGGCGGAGACCGAGGAUUCGGAGACGGCGGUGCUGAUAGCAGCUGCGGAGGCAGAUGCCGCUUAUAUAAAUGCUGUGGUAAACGAUGUCGGCCUAGAUGGUUCAGUGCCAUCCUACCAGGAGGGUGAUGAGUUUGUUGUGGACAAUUUUCCCAGCGAAGAAAUCAUAACGGAUUGGCUAAAGUAACUUCGAUUAAUAAAUGAAAAUUAGCCAAGAAAACGUCCAACAUGUAUCUUAUUUCCAAACUGCCGAAUGAGACUAGUUUCACCUAGGUUAGUAAUUUAACUUUAUUCGGGAAUAUAACUGGCGGGUAACAAGUAAAUAUAUUGCUGGCGUAUAUUGAGACCAGACCGUUUUAAUGGUUGAUAAAUUAUAAAAUGUUUAAGUUUUUACUACUAAAUGUAUAUUUUUAGACUAAUAAAACAUGUGCCUGA